CAGUGCGCACACUGCGUUUCGGUUCAGGUCUUUUUUUUCCAGCAGGGUUUAUUUCGUGUCAACCAUACCCGCUUGGAUUUGGGGGAGUAAAGGCUGAUAGCUCCGGGUAGAUCCAGCUCCGGGUCGAUCCAGCCCCGCGUAGAUCCAGCUUCAGCACCGCAGCGCAGGACAGCUCCCCCGUCUACCUCGUCGACGCUGGCUUUAUUCCUUCUCUCUCUCCGCGCGUCUGGAUGGACUCUGUUGGUCUCCCUUCCUCCUGAAACCCUCCACAUCUGGCUGUAACGAUGGCUUCUCAAGGUUUUUGGUCCCUCGGUGGGGAUAACGUACCGCCGAACACUGCCGGGAGUCAAAGCCCCAGCACGCCCAGGGCUUGGUGCCAAGCGGCUGCACAGAAAUUAUCCGGAGGUCUCGGCUCGAAAUUAUGUGCCCUGCUGAACGUGGCCGAGAUGGAGAAAACGUCCUCCGAGUUGCCCACCAAGCCGCAGGAGACCCCGGCGGCGCCGUGCGACUGCAACAAGCCCUGCAACUGCCCGAAGGCCUCGGUCCGCUUCUCCGACCUCUACUCCACAGACCUCCUGCCCGCCUCGGACGGGGACGCUAAAACCAUGAGCUUCCUGCAGGAGGUGGUGGAUAUCUUACUGGCUUACAUCGUGGAGUCCUUCGACCGGGAAACCAAGGUGAUCGACUUCCACUACCCCAACGAGCUGAUGCAGAGGAACAACUGGGAGCUGCAGGACGAGCCCGAGUCCCUGGACGACAUCCUGGUCAGCUGCCGGGCCACCCUGAAGUACGCCAUUAAGACAGCCCACCCGCGCUACUUCAACCAGCUGUCCACCGGGCUGGACAUGGUGGGCCUGGCCGCGGACUGGCUCACCUCCACCGCCAACACUAACAUGUUCACCUACGAGGUGGCACCCGUGUUCGUGCUGCUCGAGUACGUCACGCUGAAGAAGAUGAGGGAGAUCAUUGGCUGGCAGGAAGGUAGCGGGGACGGCAUUUUUUCCCCCGGUGGCGCCAUUUCCAACAUGUACGCCAUGCUGCUGGCGCGCUUCAAGAUGUUCCCUGAAGUGAAGGAGAAAGGAAUGUCAUCCGUCCCUCGCCUGGCGGCCUUCACGUCUGAACAUAGUCAUUUCUCCAUUAAGAAAGGAGCAGCAGCUCUUGGCAUUGGAACAGAGAGCGUCAUCUGCGUUAAGGCUGACCAGACUGGUAAGAUGAUCCCAGCAGACCUGGAGAGGAAAAUCCUGGAGGCUAAACAGAAGGGCUUUGUGCCAUUCUUCGUGAGUGCGACCGCUGGUACUACAGUGUACGGAGCUUUCGACCCUCUCAUCGCCGUCUCGGACAUCUGCAAGAAGUACAACGUCUGGUUUCACGUGGACGGCGCCUGGGGAGGAAGCCUGCUGAUGUCACGACGACAUAGGUGGAAGCUGGAUGGAGUCGACAGGGCCAACUCAGUGACCUGGAACCCCCACAAGAUGAUGUCGGUCCCCCUGCAGUGUUCCGCUCUCCUGGUCAGAGAAGAGGGUCUGAUGCAAAACUGCAACCAGAUGCACGCCUGCUACCUGUUCCAGCAGGACAAGCACUACGACCUUUCCUAUGACACCGGGGACAAGGCACUGCAGUGUGGCCGCCACGUUGACAUCUUCAAACUAUGGCUCAUGUGGAGGGCCAAGGGCACUAUCGGGUUCGAGUCUCAGAUAGACAAGUGCCUGGAGCUGUCGGAGUACCUGUACAACAAGAUCAAGGAUCGAGAAGGAUACGAGAUGGUCUUUGACGGGAAGCCCCAGCACACCAACGUGUGUUUCUGGUACCUGCCCCCGGGCAUGCGCCACAUAGUGGACAAGGAGGAGAAGAACAAGAGGCUACACAAGGUGGCGCCGGUGAUAAAGGCCAGGAUGAUGGAGUACGGCACCACCAUGGUGAGCUACCAGCCCCAGGGAGACAAGGUGAACUUCUUCAGGAUGGUCAUCUCCAACCCCGCCGCCACUUUCGAGGACAUCGACUUCCUCAUCGAGGAGAUCGAACGACUCGGCCACGACCUAUAA